AUGUCUAACCCUCCCUACGCGCUCUUCGUCCUCGACAAGAGCAUCACCAACAAGGUCAGCAACAACGAACCUCUCGAACACGUCGCGACAGAUUCCUACGACGACCUACCCGCAUACCCCAAAGUCCACAAGCCCCCUCCGCCCGGUAGCACAGAGGCGCCUGUACCAUCCUCCUUCGUCUCUCCCUGGCUCGGCAAGACGCCCGAAGAUUACGCAAAGUGGUUGCAGGCGAUGCCACGCACCAAAGACACUAAUAAGAAGAAGUUCAGGGUUGACACGCCUGUAAAUAACCAGUACUUUGUUUUCCUCAACAAGUUCUCGAAGGAAGAAGAUCUAGUCUUCGUCGCGCGCAUUGUCGAGAAAGAUAGGGAAGAGAUAAGAGUUAAGUAUUUUCCGCAGUCGACGGACAAAGUACAGAAUCAGAUGUAG